GGUCACGUCCUUCGUGCACCACUAACAAGCAUGCCGUCUCCUUUUCUAAGAUUGGAAUGUCAACUCCACGCUUGCCCCCAUCUAGUUACAAUCUCUCGCGCAAUUAAGUGAAAGCAAACUGUGGAUCAUAUUGUGGAUUUUGCUUCAUAUACAUCUGCGUCUGUCUCUCCUACACAGUUACGUGACUCAAAUCAGUUUCAGUUCAAUAACCAGAAAAUGAGCGGCAAAGCCCCAUCUAGGUCGUACGACAUGAUAAUGAAGUUGCUCCUUGUUGGAGAUUCCGGAGUUGGAAAAUCGUGCUUGUUGUUGCGUUUCGUCGAGGACAAAUUUAAUCCUUCUUUCAUCACGACAAUUGGGAUCGACUUUAAAAUCAGAACGAUCGAAAGUAAGGGCAAGAAAAUCAAGUUGCAGGUCUGGGACACUGCUGGCCAAGAAAGAUUCAGAACCAUCACCACGGCUUAUUAUAGGGGUGCCAUGGGCAUUGUUUUGAUAUACGAUGUUACUGAUGGCCGCACGUUUGAAAACGUUGAGAACUGGUUUGAAACCGUGACUCAACACGCGAAUGAAGACGCCCAGAUUUUCUUGGUCGGCAACAAGUGUGAUGACGAAGAGAGUAGGCAAGUUUCGCGUGAACAAGGACAGCUGUUGGCGUCCAAGUUGAAUAUCCCCUUUUUGGAAGCCUCUGCUAAGACCAACGACAACGUGGAUUCCAUCUUCUACGAGUUGGCAGGUAUCAUCCAGGAAAAACACGUGGACGCCGAGCCUCAACAGAGUGCUGGGGGUGUUGAUGUUUCCAAGGGCAAUGGUGCUUUCUCAAGCACUUGCUGUUAAAUUGUGUGAGUCCUUGGAAAUGCCCUGGCGAUAUAUCUGCCUUGCGAACUAUUUUCUCUUUUAGUGUGACCACAUAAUACCUAAUUCUUUGUUCUAUUUGGCUUUGAGACGCGUGUGCAGACAGCUGGUGAAGGUUUUUAUCGUG